AUGCUUAAACUUCCUGCCUCUUUUGCCUCUACAGGAAAGAAGAAAGAACACAAGAAAGCGAAGUCCACUAGGGAUUUUGUUCCUUUUUCUGAACUUCCAACUACUCCCUCUGGUGGAUUUUUUCAGGACAUUUCUUUUCCUGAAAUCUCCACCCGUCCUCCUUUGGGCAGGACUGAACUACAGGCAGCUAAGAAAGUACAUACUUCUAAGGGAGACCCACCUAGGGAGCCUCUUAUUGCCACAACCUUGCCUGGCAGGGGACAGUUGCAGAAGUUAGCGUCUGGAGGAGAUUUAUUUAUUUCCUCCAAGUCUAGCCGUGGUAGGUGUUUAGAGAAAAGUUCUUCGUCAUCUUCUCAGCAUGAACUCGCUGCCAUGUUGGUCUCUACUGCAGCCUCUCCUUCACUGAGUAAAGAAACCACCACUACUUGCUAUAAAGACAUAGAAAAUAUUUACUGUGGAGAGAAAAGUGGAAUUCAGCCAUUAUGUUCUGAGAGGUCCCAUAUUUCAGAUCAGUCGAUUCUCUCCAGUGAAAGGAAAGCACUAGAAGAGUCUGAGAGAUCACAAGUAAUUUCUCCACCACUUGCUCAGGCAAUCAGAGAUUAUGUCAAUUAUCUGUUGGUUCAGGGUGGGGUAGGUAGUUUGCCUGGGACUUCUAACUCUGCACCCCUGCUGGAUGUAGAAAACAUAUGGAAGAGAAUUGGUCAAUCUAAUUUUCAAGAAACUGAAUCCCUGUCACCUCCACGAAAAUUCCCUAGACUCGAUGAGAAGUCAGUAGAGGAAAGGGAUUCAGGUUCCUUUGUAGCAUUUCAGAAUCCACCUGGAUCUAAACUGUCUUCUUUUGCCAAAACUGCUAUCUCUAAUUCACUCGCUACCUUAGGCAUAGAAAUGGCUAAGCAAUCACAGCUGGAUAAAAUAGAUGCCUCAGAACCAUCCUUUCCCUUCCAUGAAUCUAUUUUGAAGGUAAUUGAAGAGGAGUGGCAGCAAAUUGACAGGCAGCUGCCUUCAUUGGCACAUAAGUAUCCGAUUUCCUCCAAAGAGGCAACACAGAUAUUAGCAAUUCCAAAAGUAGAUGAUGAAAUCCUCGGGUUUAUUUCUCAAGCCACUCCACCAGCAGGUAUUCAGGCAACCUCCACUGAGUCUUGUGGUAAACAGUUGGACUUAGCACUCUGUAGAACAUAUGAAGCUGCAGCAUCAGCAUUACAGAUUGCAACCCACACAGCCUUCGUAGCUAAAGCUAUGCAGGCAGACAUUAGUCAGGCUGCACAGAUUCUUAGCUCUGAUCCUAGUCAUACACAGCAAGCACUUUGGAUUCUAAGCAAAACAUAUGAUGCAGCCUCAUUUCUUUGUGAAGCUGCAUUUGAUGAAGUGAAGGUGGCUGCCCAUACCAUGGGAUCUUCCACUGUAGGUCGCCGACAUCUCUGGCUGAAGGAUUGCAAAAUUAAAGCUGCACAGAUUCUUAGCUCUGAUCCUAGUCGUUCACAGCAAGCACUUUGGAUUCUAAGCAAAACAUAUGAUGCAGCCUCAUUUCUUUGUGAAGCUGCAUUUGAUGAAGUGAAGGUGGCUGCGCAUACCAUGGGAUCUUCCACUGUAGGUCGCCGACAUCUCUGGCUGAAGGAUUGCAAAAUUAAUCCAGCUUCUAAGAAUAAGCUGACUGUUGCUCCCUUUAAAGGUGGAACAUUAUUUGGAGGAGAAGUAUACAAAGUAAUUAAAAAGCAUGGGAAAAAACAGUAA